UGGGAGGAGAAUAAGUCACACCCUCUACCGGAGAACACACCCGCCGCCCGGUAAUCGCCAACUCACACACACACACACGCGCGCGCGGCUCCGGGAGAACCGGAGAAACACUUGCGACCGAGAGCCUCCCCAAAACAGCCGCUCCUGCUCAGAGUCCGGCCCGCGGGAGUCCGCGCUUCACGGUACCGACGCCGCCACGAUGGACAAACUUUUCGUGUUCCUCUUCACCGCGAUCAGCGUCCUGGUGUCCGCGAGAGCGCAGGUGUUUAAAGGAGAUUGUGACUUCAAGAAGCCCUUCUCGUCCUGCGGGUACACCCAAGGGCGAGACGAUGAGCUGGACUGGGAGCAGAUCGACACCAGUGAAAAGCCUUCGCUGGACCCAUGGGUGCCGCCAGGAUCUGCGUUCAUGAUGGUGAACUCGACGGCUCGUUUCGCGGGUCAGAAGGCUUUGCUCUUCACGCCGCAGCUGAAGGAGAACGACACACACUGCGUCAUCUUCCAGUAUUACGUGGCGGGACGAGAGGGAGGACGGCCCGGGCAUCUGAACGUCUACAUCAAGGAGAACAACAGCCCGAUGGGUUUGCCCGUGUGGAACACGUCUGGACCGGCCCGGCGCAGCUGGAGCCAGGUGGAGCUCGCCAUCAGCACGUACUGGCCCAACUUCUACCAGAUCGUCUUUGAAGCGGUGACCUCCGGGCAGCGCGGCUUGCUGGCCAUCAAGAACGUGGUCCUCAAGGGCCAUCAGUGCAUGAACACGCCGCACUUUCUUCAUAUCAAAGGCGUGGAGGUGAACGCCGGACAGACGGCUACGUUCCUCUGCACCGUCAACGGAGAAUGGAGAGACAGCUUCAACCUCUGGCUGCAGGUCAGACGCACAGCUAACUCAACUAUUACCAGUGCUGCCAACUCAUCCUCAGAGAGAGUGGCUAAAGGAAGGUCCAUUUACACGCGUCUCUGCAUUCAUGAGGUCAGACUGAGCAAAGCAGAAGUGAAGAGCAGGUUCUCUGUUCUUCUGUCCCGCUGUGACUGUGGCUGCACUUUUUCACUGGAGGAAGUGUUAUUAUGGAUUAUGAACGGAUUAAACAAAGAUUUUUUUGCUGUAAUUCUGCUGUUAUUCAUGUUAAAUGUAAUGUCUGUUCUCCCAGAGCCGCCGGUUCCCAUCGCUCCUCCUCAGCUCAUGGCGGUCGGGGCCACGUACCUCUGGAUCCAGCUCAAUGCGAACUCCAUCAACGGGGACGGGCCCAUCAUCAACCGCGAGGUGGAGUACCGCACCGUCUCCGGCACCAUGUACGACCUGCAGCCCGUCGAUAAAACCUCGCACAAGAUCGGCCAUCUGGACCCCGACACGGAGUACGAGAUCAGCGUGCUGCUGACGCGGCCCCUGGAGGGAGGAACCGGGGCCCCGGGGCCGCCGCUGAGAGCCCGCACCAAAUGUGCAGAGCCCAUGCACGACCCGCAGCAGCUGCAGGUGGUGGACAUCGAGGCUCGUCAGGUGACGCUUCGCUGGGAGCCGCUGGGCUACAACGUGACACGCUGCCACAACUACAGCCUGACGGUGCAAUACCGCGCCAGAGGAGGAGGCAAGGAGGAGAGCAGGGAGGAGGCGGCACACGGCAGCCAGCACACCAUCCACAACCUCUCGCCCUUCACCAACCUCAGCGUCAGGAUGCUGCUGCGCAACCGCGAGGGAGUCAAAGAGAGCCCCGAGAUCCACGUGCAGACCGAUGAAGACGUGCCGGGGGAAGUUCCUCUGGAUUCAAUCCAGGCCAGUGUUUACGAGGACAAGAUUCUGCUUAAGUGGAGAGAACCAGCGCAAACCUUCGGCAUCAUCACUCAGUAUGAGAUCUCGUAUAAAGCUGUCAGCUCCUUCGACCCAGUGCUGGAUCUCUCUAACCAGAGCGGGAAGGUGGUUAAACUGGGGAAUGAAACCAGCCACGUGUUUCUGGGUCUCUACCCCGGCUCCACAUACUCCUUCACCAUCAGAGCCAGCACCGCCAAGGGCUUCGGACCGCCCGCCAUCACCCAGGCCACCACCAAGAUCUCAGCUCCGUUGAUGCCGGUGUACGAUCAGGAGACUCCUCUGAACCAGACGGACAGCACGGUGACGGUGGUGCUUAAACCGGCUCAGAGCCGAGGCGCUCCAGUCAGUGUGUAUCAGGUGGUUGUUGAGGAGGAACGUCCUCGAAGGGCUCGUGGAGGUGAAGCGGAGAUCCUGCGCUGUUAUCCGCUGCCGGUUCACUAUCAUAACGCCAGCGGGCUGAACUCUCGGUACUACUACAGCGCUGAGUUCCCCUCCGCAGGCGUCUCACAGCCGCAGACGUUCACCAUCGGAGACAACCGGACCUACGGCGGAUACUGGAACGCCCCGCUGCUGCCACACAAGAGCUACAGCAUCUACUAUCAGGCCGUCAGCGCCGCCAACGGGGAGACAAAAAUCGACUGUGUCCGUGUCGCUACCAAAGCUGCUAUCUUGGUGACGCAGCUCACCACUCCUUACGUUCGCAUCGCUCCGGCCGCUGGAGACAAUCAGCUAACAGGCGCAGCGACGCACAAACCCAACGCGGUGGAGCCGGAGAAACAGACCGACCACACGGUGAAGAUCGCCGGCAUCAUCGCAGGAAUACUGCUCUUCGUCAUCAUCUUCCUCGGUGUGGUGCUGCUCAUGAAGAAACGGAGAACCUAUCAGUCCUACACUUACUACCUAAAGCUGGCGAAGAAGCGCAAGGAGACUCUGAGCAGCACGAGACAGGAGAUGACGGUGAUGGUGAACUCAAUGGACAAGAGCUACACGGAGCAGGGGACCAACUGUGAUGAAGCGCUGUCAUUCAUGGACACACACAACCUCAACGGACGCUCCGGAUCUUCUCCGUGUUCUCUGACGGUGAAGACCAACACGCUGAGCAGCAGCAUCCCCAACACGUAUUACCCAGACCCCUUCGUCCCCACAGCGAUCUUAGUCCCCAUUAAUGACGAGACUCAAACCCUGACCAGUGACACCAGCAGCCUGGUGCAGUCGCACACACACACCCACUCAUCGCACACACACUCGCUGCGCAAGCGUGAGGCCGUGGACGUGCCGUACCACACGGGCCAGCUUCAUCCCGCCAUCCGCGUGGCCGACCUUCUGCAACACAUCACGCAGAUGAAAUGCGCCGAGGGCUACGGCUUCAAAGAGGAGUACGAGAUCAAUGAGAGCUUCUUCGAGGUUCUUUGUGGCCCCUGUGAUUCUGCUAAAGACCAUCAGACUAAGCAUGAACUGGAGAUAAUCACACAACUUGAGAGGCUGACGUAUGAUCACUCACGUGUGCGGCUGCAGAAUCUGGAUGGAGAGCAGAACUCUGAUUACAUUAAUGCUAAUUACGUUGAUGGCUAUCACCGGCCGAAUCACUACAUCGCUACACAAGGACCGAUGCAGGAGACUGCGAUCGACUUCUGGAGGAUGGUGUGGCAGGAGAACACGGCAACCAUCGUCAUGGUGACCAACCUGGUGGAAGUCGGCAGGGUGAGUGUGAAAGUGUGUGUUUGUGCGAACAUCUGCAUCAUCUGUUUACUGAGAGAAUCACAAAAUCACAGCAUCGUCUCUGAGUUACAUUCACAAUCAUGCCAAUCCGCACGGAUUUCUAUAUGGAUGUACAGGGUCAUCAAGGUGACGCUGAUCGAGACGCAGCUUCUGUCCGAGUACGUCAUCAGAACGUUUGCGGUGGAGAAGCGAGGAGCUCACGAGAUCCGUGAGAUCAGUCAGUUUCAUUUCACCGGUUGGCCGGAUCACGGCGUUCCGUAUCACGCCACAGGUCUGCUGGGAUUCGUGCGGCGGGUCAAAGCUAAAUCGCCCCCCAACGCCGGACCCAUCGUGGUCCACUGCAGUGCGGGGGCGGGCCGAACGGGCUGCUUCAUUGUGAUUGACAUCAUGCUGGACAUGGCGGAGCGGGAAGGAGUCGUCGACAUCUAUAACUGCGUGAGAGAGCUGCGAUCUCGCAGAGUCAACAUGGUGCAGACCGAGGAGCAGUAUGUCUUCAUUCAUGACGCCAUCUUGGAGGCGUGUCUCUGCGGCGACACCACCAUCCCAGCCAAUCAGCUUCGCUCUGUUUACUACGACAUGAACCGAUUGGAUCCUCAGACCAACUCCAGUCCAAUCAAAGAGGAGUUCAGGACGCUGAACAUGGUGACGCCGACGCUGCGUGUGGAGGACUGUAGCAUCGCUCUGCUUCCGAGGAAUCAUGAGAAGAACCGCUGCAUGGAUGUGCUUCCUCCUGACCGCUGCCUGCCCUUCCCUUCUCUCAUCACCAUCGACGGAGAGAGCAGCAACUACAUCAACGCCGCGCUCAUGGACAGCUACAAGCAGCCGUCUGCGUUCAUCGUUACCCAGCAUCCUUUGCCAAACACAGUGAAGGACUUCUGGCGUCUGGUUCUGGACUACCACUGCACAUCUAUCGUGAUGCUAAACGAUGUGGAUCCGGCGCAGCUGUGUCCGCAGUACUGGCCGGAGAACGGUGUUCAUCGUCACGGGCGGAUGUGGGUGUUUUUUUUGUCGGAUGUUGUGGAGGAGGUCAUCAUCAGGAUGUUCUGUAUGUAUAAUGCUGCGCUGGGUCCGCAGGACGGGUACCGGAUGGUGCAGCAGUUCCAGUUUCUGGGCUGGCCGAUGUACCGCGACACACCCGUCUCCAAACGCUCCUUCCUCAAACUCAUCCAUCAGGUGGACAAAUGGCAGGAGGAGUACGACGGAGGAGAGGGACGCACCGUUGUACACUGCCUGAACGGCGGCGGUCGCAGCGGGACGUUUUGUGCCAUCAGCAUCGUGAGUGAAAUGCUGCGGCAUCAGCGCUCGGUGGAUGUGUUUCACGCCGUCAAAACCCUGCGCAACAACAAGCCCAACAUGGUGGAUCUGCUGGAUCAGUACAAAUUCUGCUAUGAAGUGGCACUGGAGUAUCUGAACUCAGGCUGACAGACACGCUCCACGUGUGUGUGUGUGUGUGUGUGUGUGUGUGUGUGUGUGUGUGUGUGUGUACAGUCGGCUUGUAUAUCUUUACAAUGAAACUUCUUCUGUCUGGCUGCAUCAAGCCUGUGAAGAGCAGAUUGGUGUUUUCCCUGAUGCUUCGUCAGCGUCGUACGAGAGUCUUUUCAACUGAAGGAAGUCACAAGAUUUGUACGACGCAGCAGAUCCUCAUGAAUACUAUAAUGAGCCUCAUUUGCAUAUUAAUGAGGCGAGUUUGCUGUGAUUGGCCGAAACGCCCCAGCUGUUUAAACCUGAUUGUUGAAUGAGACACAAGUGUGUUUUGGUGUAAAUUGUGUAACAUAUGAAAUCUCAUAAGAUUCGGAGGAAUGAGGUCACAGCCGUGAUCAUCAUCAGCAUCAUCAUCAUCGAUCCAAAGCCCGUCAUCGCUCUCUCCGCACGCAUCCGUUCCUUUGCUUUUAUCGUGUUUUUAAUAUUGUUUGUUUAUACUGUAAAUAUUGGAGGUGUGCUGUGAUAUUUAUUCAGGACAAUCAUCUGAGUUCAUAUUGUACAUGAUCAAAUAUACUGAAUGGAUCAACAAACUUCUGCUUGCUAAUGACUCACUAUGUUUAUAGAUAUGUAUAUAUCACUCAGAGUUCUUUUAGAUCAUGCACUUGUUUAACUGUCCUUGCUAAAUGUUGAAAAUCUCACACAGGUUGAAAUCAGUAACACUUUACUUGAAGUCUUUAUGGAUUAUGCAUUAUAAAGGUAUUCAUAAUGUAUGUUGUAAUGCAUUCAUAAAUAACUGUAACCAGAAAUGCAUCGUGAUAUUUGAAGGUUUGCUUGUUGUGUGUUUUAAUGCAUUAUACGUUCUAAAGGUGUAACAAUGAAUAGAUAAGUGUUAUAAUGCAUUAUAACUGUGGUUAUAAUUAUUCAUGAGAUCAUUAAAUGCAUUGCAUAAUCAAUGCAUUAAAAACACUUUUACAAAGCAUUAAAGGUAUAUAAAGGCUUUACGUAAAGUGUUAUUGUGAAUUUAUAAAAAUUGCAUUUAUAUCAAAAAUUGUCACGUUAGUUUCACAAUGUUAAAUUUGUUACAGUAAAACAUUACUUAAAAACACAACCGUUCAAUGCACUGCAGAUAUACUUGAGAUGUAAGAUGACUUAAGAUAUUAAGACGUAAUUUCUGAAAAAAAAAAAAUUUAAUAAAAAUGAAGUGGAUUUAUUCUUAGUACAAGAACAAAUAUUUCCCUGUGGUACCAGGAGAAAUAAUCUUGUUUUCCUUUUGAAUUAAGUUUAUUUUUCUGACCCCAUUGGCAAAAUUAUUUUAAUUUAAUUUUACAUAUUUAUUAUUAUUUUAAUAUAUAUCUUGAUUUAAGGGUGUUUAGAUACACAGCAAAUUAUCCAGUGUUGAAAUCCUAGUGUUGAGGUUUUUUAGAGUAAAGUGUUAAAGUUGUGGUGUU